CCCUCCCCGCGCCGCCGCACGCCCUCCCCGCCUCGCCUCGCCGCCGCGGAGGGUCACCGCGGAGCGGGCCGGGCGGCUGCGCCGCCACCGCGGGGCGGGACCGCCCCCCCCACGCCCGCCGCCGAGGAGCCCGGCCACGCUCUCUUCCCUCCCGCUUCCUCACUGUGGUGGCUGGGCUCUCUCCCCCAUGACUCUCUGCGUCUAGACCUGGCUGUCCUGUGCCUUUGCCAAUCAAACCCGAACUUCCUCCUCUGACAGUGAAGAGAGGGGCUCCUGCCCUUCUGGGUCACUUUUCUUCCCCUCACCUUGACACCAAGCCACCUCCGCUUGUGCCUCCCUGUGCCCCCCGCCCUGCCCGUCCUGGGCACCCAUCACCCAUGGACGACUCAGAAGUGGAGUCGACCGCCAGCAUCCUUGCCUCUGUCAAGGAGCAGGAGGCACAGUUUGAGAAGCUGACCCGGGCGCUUGAGGAGGAACGGCGCCAUGUCUCAGCCCAACUGGAACGAGUCCGGGUCUCCCCACAGGACGCCGGCCCGGGCUUGGCCAACGGCACGCUCACCCGGCGGCACCAGAACGGCCGUUUCUUGGGCGAUGCUGACCUGGAAAGGCAGAAAUACCCAGAUCUGAAGCUCAACGGCCCGCAGGACCACAGCCACCUCUUGUACAGCACGAUCCCCAGGAUGCAGGACCCGGGCCAGAUUGUGGAGGAGACCUACACUAUGGAGGAGGACCCAGAAGGGGCCAUGUCAGUCGUGUCUGUGGAGACAUCAGAUGAUGGGACGACCCGGCGUACAGAGACCACGGUGAAGAAGGUGGUGAAGACUGUCACCACCCGGACGGUGCAGCAGGUGCCGGUGGGGCCGGAUGGGUUACCUUUGGAAACCUCCCCUGUCACCAGCAACUACGUCCAGACCAUGGACAGGAACUUCCGCAAGAAUGGCAAUGGGGGCCCCGGUGGCUACCUGAGCCAGCCGGGCACAGCCACCCUCCCUCGUAACUACCACUACCCCGAUGGCUAUGGCCGCCCCUACGAGGAUGGCUACCCAGGCAGCGAUCACAACUACGGCAGCCUGUCCCGUGUCACCCGCAUUGACGAGCGCUACCGUCCAUCCAUGGACACCUACCGGGCCCCCAGCCGCCAGGACAUCUAUGGCCCCCAGCCUCAAGUGCGUGUCGGGGGCAGCAACAUGGACCUCAACCACUUCCACCCCGAGCCGUACGGCCUGGAGGAUGACCAGCGCAGUGUGGGCUUUGAAGAUGUGGACUACGGGAUUAUGUCUGACUACGGCACAGCCAGGCGGGCAGGGACCCCCUCUGAUCCCCGGCGGCGGCUCAGGAGUUAUGAAGACAUGCUGGUGGAUGAAGUGGCCCCUGACCGGUACUACUGGGCCCCUCUGGCUCAGCAUGAGCGGGGUAGCUUGGCCAGUCUGGACAGCCUGCGGAAGGGAGGUCCAGCCCCAGGUAACUGGCGCCAGCCAGAGCUGCCGGAGGUGAUAGCCAUGCUGAGCUUCCGGCUGGACGCCGUCAAGUCCAACGCGGCCGCCUACCUGCAGCACCUCUGCUACCGUAACGACAAGGUGAAGACAGAGGUGCGCAAGCUGAAGGGUAUUCCCGUGCUGGUGGGAUUGCUAGACCACCCUAAGAAAGAGGUGCACUAUGGUGCCUGUGGAGCCCUCAAGAACAUCUCCUUCGGCAAGGACCAAGACAAUAAGAUUGCCAUCAAGAAUUGUGAUGGGGUACCUGCUCUGGUGCGCCUGUUGCGGAAGGCCCAUGACAUGGAUCUCACGGAGGUCAUCACAGGAACACUGUGGAACCUGUCCUCGCACGACUCCAUCAAGAUGGCCAUUGUGGAUCAUGCACUACAUGCUCUGACCGAUGAGGUUGUCAUUCCUCGCUCGGGCUGGGAGCGGGAACCUAAUGAGGACUCAAAACCCCGCCAUUUCGAGUGGGAGUCAGUGCUCACCAACACCGCUGGCUGCCUUAGGAACGUGAGCUCAGAGCGGAGUGAGGCCCGUCGGAAGCUGCGGGAAUGUGACGGGCUGGUGGAUGCCCUGAUCUAUGUCGUCCAGUCUGAGAUCGGCCAGAAGGACUCGGACAGCAAGCUGGUGGAGAACUGUGUGUGCCUGCUGAGAAACUUGUCCUACCAAGUCCACCGUGAGAUCCCCCAUGCUGAGCGCUACCAGGAGACACCGCUGGCCCCUGCCAACAACGCUGGGCCCCAUGCUGCGAGCUGCUUUGGUGCCAAGAAGGGCAAAGACGAAUGGUUCUCCAGAGGUAAAAAGGUCCCAGAAGACCCUGGUGCUGAUACAGUGGAUUUUCCCAAAAGAACAACUCCAGCCAAAGGCUAUGAGCUCCUCUUCCAGCCAGAAGUGGUCCGGAUAUACAUCUCCCUUCUAAAGGAGAGCAAGACUCCAGCCAUCCUAGAGGCUUCGGCAGGAGCCAUUCAGAACCUGUGUGCUGGCAGCUGGACAUAUGGCCGGUACAUCCGCUCGGCGCUGCGCCAGGAGAAGGGACUCUCCGCCAUCGCUGACCUCCUCACCCACGACAGUGAGCGAGUGGUGAAAGCGGCGUCCGGAGCCCUGCGCAACCUGGCUGUCGACUUGCGUAACAAAGAGCUGAUAGGUAAACAUGCCAUUCCCAACCUAGUGAAGAACCUGCCUGGAGGCCAGCAGACCCCAGCCAAAAACCUCUCUGAGGACACAGUGGUGUCAAUCCUCAACACAAUCAAUGAAGUAAUUGUAGACAAUCUAGAGGCUGCCAAGAAGCUGCGGGAAACGCAGGGGAUUGAGAAGUUGGUGCUGAUCAACAAAUCUGGGAACCGCUCAGAGAGAGAAGUCCGAGCAGCUGCCCUCGUCUUGCAGACAGUCUGGGGAUAUAAGGAGCUGCGGAAGCCCCUGGAGAAGGAAGGCUGGAAGAAGUCAGAUUUCCAGGUGAACCUGAGCAAUGCUUCUCGGACCCAGGGGGGCAACUCGUUUGAUGACAGCACCUUGCCUCUCAUCGACAGGAACCAAAAAACAGACAAGAAAUCCUCCCGGGAGGAGAUCCAGAUGAGCAACAUGGGACCAGACAACUAUUCCACACUCAAUGAGAGGGACCACAGCAGGACACUGGACCGAUCUGGUGACGUCGGAGAUAUGGAGCCAGUGAAGGCAGCGCCAUUGAUGCAGGAGGAGGGGCAGGAAUCACAGCCUGAGGUAGAGGAGGCAGAGGAGGAUGUUGCCGUGUUCUCCCCCAUGUCGCAGAAGAUCUAGCUGCCGUCCCCGCCUCCACUCAGUCUGGGUUGAUAAUAUAUUAUAUAUAUAAAUAUAUAUAUAUAUAACACUCUUCAUGGUGGAAUGGACUGACUUUUACCUUGUCUUAUUUUUGGAUUUUUUGCUGGACUGUUUGUGCCAACUAGCCAGCCAAAUGACUGGGCCUGGUCCCCUGGGGACAGCCCGGGCCACUCUGCCUCCUCUAGACUGCUGCACCUCCCCGUUCUGGGACACCUCGACCGAUAACUCUUCCUCCCUGUCCUCCACCACCUCCUUCCUCCAGAGAGUAAAACCCUCCUGCCUGACUCUGCUGGGCUGACCAGCGUGGAUGCUGCAAAAGGACUCUGGAUCUCUGCCUUGACCAGGAACUGCCUUCUCUCCCAUGCUUUCCCUCUGCUUGGAGACAUCUGCAGGGACAGAGACUGGGACCUCACUCACCGCCUUUUUUUUGUCGUUGUUGUCUAUAGGAUAUAUUUUUGUGCGGGAUCACUUUUCAACCAGGGCUGUGGGGACUACAGGAGCGUCCCUCCCUGGUGGCAGUGGGACCAGGACAAGGGGGGCUGGAGUCAUGAGGGGGUGAGGGGAAGGAAAAACAGCAAUAACUUCUCUUGCUUUGCUCUAGAUGAGGCUUCAGGGGCACGGGAAGGGGGAUCUGGCUCUGAAUCCUGUGGAGGGGUCUGGAUGGCGCCGCUGGCCCCUACCCAGUGACUGUGUGAGGAGGGAUCCCGAUGUGGGUGGUCAGUGUGGGGAGCUUGGGACGGGCUUCCCAGCGCGGGAGGCAAUGGGUCCCUGUGGCAGGAGGGGAUGCGGCAGGGCUGCUGGGGUGCACUGUGUGAGGAGCCGGCGCUGGCAGGGCUGCAGGCAGGUAGAGCCAGGAUCCCCCCUCACCCCCGCGCACCCGCUGCCUGCGGCGGUACCCCUCUGACUUUCUCUUGACACGUGCCUUUCUUUUGCCACUGUGAAAUAGCUCUUUGAAUCGUACUGUCCGGCUUCUUCGCUGGGGAGGGGGUGUUUCCUGGGCUUCCAGCAGGGCUGACCGCUUGCCUUCCCCGUUGGGAGCCUUAACUGUCUGCAGUGGGGCUGGAAGCCUUUUUGGGGGGGAUCCCAGCCCCCCUGCCCUCACUGGUGUCCUGGGGAGACUGGGCUGCCACAGGAGCUGGACAUACACAUCCUCUUCCUCCUCUCUGCUGUGGUAGUGGGGGGCACAACUAAGUGCUGUGAUCUUCUGGGAGCCCAGGGGCUCCCUGUGCAACUGGAAGCCUCUGUAGGAGGCUGCAAACUGGAGCGGGACCCCUCCCCAGCCUGGGGCUCCCCCCGAAGCGUGGGGAGCGGGGGGGCUGCAGCAGGCAGACCUGGUGCCUUGCUCCUCUGCCAGCGCGCCUCCUGGCUCCGGCUGAGCCCUCUCCGCCUCCAGCCCCACCUCAGCUCACUUUGGUUUUGUUCUGGGGUCUAACUCUUCUCUUUUCCUUUAAAUAUGUAAAACACUAAUUCCUUUUUUUUUUAAUUUUUAAUUCCAAAUGAACCAAAAAAAACCAAACAAAGCUUCCCCCUUCCCUCCUCUCUGGGGAGUGGGGUGAGGGAGGAGGGGAGUGGGGAGCAACAAGCUGUUCCUUGUCUGAUUCCUGUGCACACUCUUGUAACGCUUUUGAAACAAAAUGAUUUUUUUAUAUAAAUAAAGUUUUUAAAGUGUG